AUGGCUAGUCGUCGUAUUGCGUACACCACGAAGGAGAAAUUGAACGUCAUCGCAUUUGCUGAGGCUCACCGCAAUCGAGCAGCUGGUCGUGAAUUUAAUAUCAACGAGUCCAAUAUUAGGAGUUGGCGCAGUAAGCGGGGUAGUCUCCUGAAGAUGCCUAAGACCAAGUGUGCCUUACGUGGAAGAAAGACCUUUUUCCCUGAGGUUGAAGCUGAGAAGAACAACAUUUCCCAGAAACUGUCAAGUGACCACGAAGAGAAGUUGAUGGAAUUCAAGAAAUUCAUAAUCAAACAACGAAAGAAGAAUGGUUUUGACCUCUCGCAGAUUGGUAAUGCCAACCAGACCCCAAUGACGUUCGAUCUCCCAUCAGCUUCCACUAUAACUACGAAAGGAGAUAAAACCGUCCAUCUGAGAACGAGAACUGGUAACGAAAAGAACAGGUUUACGCUGAUGUUAGCAUGUACAGCUGAUGGAGGGAAGUUGCCACCUUAUGUGAUCUUCUGCCAAAAUUGGCUCAAGACAGUUUGGGGUAAACGUCCAGGUGCUGCUCCUAAGAAGAAGUCCUUGUUGGUAUUGGAUGCCUGCCACAGAAGUUCUGGCGUAAAAGAUCUCCUUAAAGAAGAACUGACUACAGAAUUGGCGAUAAUACCCAGUGGCCUAACAAGCAUUCUACAGCCGUUGUAUGUGUCGAUUAAUAAACCAAUGAAGGUGGCAGUACGAAAGAUGUGGGCCGAGUGGAUGGCCGGUGGUGAACAUACUUAUACUAAGGCAGGUGCACGAAGAAAAGUUGAAUUAGACAUUAUGUGUGAAUGGAUCGUGAAAGCUUGGAAAGAACUUGAUGCUGAGAUAAUUAUAAAUACUUGUGCCGUGAUCUAUUUUCAUAAAUACCGGAAAGUUACGAGCGAACCUUCAUCUAUCACAACAGAAAAGUUUUUGUUCAAAUAA